ACCAUGCCUGCUCAGAGCAAACGGUGGGGUAAGUCGCGAUUUCUUUCACCCCGCGAUUUGGCGGGGCAAAAAAAAGCCACGUCUUCGGAGUGCGCCUAUACACUCGCAACGGCGUCGCAUUGGGGUUUUGAAUGCGCUACUAUGUUAUAACAGCCGUGACAUGCCGUUUCGUUAGUUCAUUCAUAGCCGAACAACCACGCGGGAGCGCCGUAGGUCAUAGAGUCUGGCUGACCAAACUCUCCUUCGCAGAGGAAGAAGAGGAAUCAUCCUCCGAGUCAGGGUCCGAUUCUCCCGUUGUUGGCGUGAUCCCGGUCCGUCGCAAGUUUGACGACGAGGAGGCCGGGGACGACGAUGUUUUAGACUCGUGGGACGCUGCCGAAGACUCCGAGGUCGAGCGCGAAAAGGCGAAAAAGGCGGCCGAGGCGAAGGCAAAGGCCGAGGCGGAAGCCGCUGCAAACAAGAAGAGCAAGGCUCAACGGAUCGCUGAGCGCCAGGCUGAGCGUGCCCGCGCGCGCGCCGAGGCCGAGGAAGAGGAAAGCGAGGAGGAGACCGAGGCGCAAAAGCGCGAGCGCCUGCGCCGCACUGAAAAGGAGUCGGAUCUGCGUCACGCCGAGGAUCUUUUUGGCGGUAUCGGUGUCAGCGGAGGGCGCAAGGCGACAACCGCUGGAAGCGCUGUGCAGAUCGAUGCCAGCGACCCAAACAAGACGGUUGACCUUUCUGUGCUACCGCUAUUUAACCCGACAAACAAGACUCAAUUCGAGCAGCUGCGCAAUGUCAUGGGCCCCAUCCUAUCCAACAACUCGAAGAAGCCGCAUUAUGCCCUUUUUUUGCAAGAAUUCGCAAAGCAGCUCGCAAAGGACCUCCCCAGCGACCAGAUCAAGAAGAUCGCCAGUUCGCUGACGGCUCUGAGCAACGAGAAAUUGAAGGAGGAGAAGGCGGCUGAGAAGGGCGGCAAGAAGACCAAGGCGGCCAAGACAAAAACCUCGCUUGCUGGUGUCAGCCGUGGAGGGGUGGCCGACGUGAAGGUGACUGACGUAGCUUACGAUGACGAUGGCUUUGACGAUGAUGAUUUCAUGUGAAAGCUGCACGUCGUGACUCAGCAAUUCGCUGGGUGGCGUACUUUGCCGGUCUUUGUCCUGAAGAUGAAGGAUUGCAGCGGGGAGCCACUUCAACCAACUGAGCAGUCCAGUCUGGCUAUUGCGUGAGGGAGUUGUUGGCGGAGUAGGAAGGGCCGGUGGACAUGCGGGACACAGAUUACUUGUGGUUCCUGCCUUCAAAAAUACGUGCACGU